CCCCGCGGGGGAGCCGGAGAUGGACUGGCGACCCCGAGAUGGGCGGGCGACCCCACUGAGUGGAGCCGACUCUCAACGGGGAAAUCGAGAGCAGGCCGCGGGGCGGAGCCUUUCUCGAGAUCAUCGCGGGAACAGCGACCCCUUGAGGAUUGCGGCGGCGCGGCCCCGGGGCGCGCCGGGAGCUCCGCCCGCCUUCUGUGGAGGGAGCGGCCAGGGGGAGCCGCAGGGUCUCGGCCCCGCUGUAAGGUUGCACUUAACCUCUGAGAACCCAGAGCAAACAGGACCCCUAUUUCCGUUUUUAAGAGUAAAUUUGGGAGUUACAGCACGGAAUUACAAUAUGUGUGACAUUAGAACCCACAGGCCCCGGUCACAGUAAGGCACCGCGCGACGCACUGGUCCGCGAGGCCUGGAUGCCGGUCAGCGAACGUUUGAGGAACAGGGUUGGAUUUCCUGUCCCCCACCGAGCUGGUUGCUCAUUCAUUCAGCGUAAUUGAAUACCUACUGUGUGCCAGGCACUGAAUCAAGUGUCGGAGCUAGUACGCUGAAUAAGACAAUGUCCUGCCCUCAAGCUCCGGGCCGGUUACUUGACAACCUUCGGGGACCUUAACACUACGUGCCUACUGUGUGAAAGCAAAGUGCCAUGUGGAGGACGCAAAGACCGCGAGCGACACAGGACAGCCCUUAACAAUUCAGCGAGACUAAUUUUAAUAACAAAUGAGGUAUGAUGUGACAUGCGUUCCAAAUCCUUCCAUUCUAAGUAACUUCUUCAGCAGCCUUCGCGAUACAGCCUCUGCUCGGAAGGAAUUAAAACAGGUACAAGCAUGGAAGGAGAUAUUACUAUCACAUUUUAAGAAUAAGAAAAUGCUCUCUGUAUGUUUUGUGUGAUUGGGCAGCAGGCAAUGAAAUGAGCUCACAUUCAGGCUUCCGUGUUUUACUGAAACAGCAGUCACAGAUCCAAUAGAUGGUAAAGGUUGAAAGACGAGUGCAGUAAAAGCAUUUAAAGACAAGAAGAAAACAUGUUAAUAUUUGUGUUGUUUCAUUCUUUGUUGUGGUGACAGAAACAGCCCUCUCUUUCUAAGGUAACUCCAAUAUAAUGGACUCUCCCAGCUUUGAAAUACUCCAUGUUUCCUUCAUUUUACAGAAAUAAGGAAAGAUAUAUAUAAUCAAAAAUCCUGUAUCUUAUUUA